AUGCCUGCUGUGGAACUCAGACUAGAGUACUGAGCAAAAAGAUAUCAUCCAUGUCCAUAUGGAAGGAAGCAAGGCAGUCAGUAAACAAACCACAUGUUGAGUGAUGCAGUCCCAGCCCCAGGGUAACAAGGAGUCCUCAGCGGGUCUGCCAGCGAGGAAGGGCCAGAGGGCGAAGAAGGAGCGGGUACUAAGUUGAAGUCAUCCAGCAGAUACUAAGUCGGUGGAAAACACCAGUGGGAAAGAACACAAUGGCAGAGUUGAGUCCCACCGCAGGGGAGAGUAACUACUCCCAAGAUAUUCAAGUGGAUGAGAAGCUUGUUCCCAAGAAAGGUCUGAGCUUAUGUUCCACUCGCUAUGGGAUAGCCCUCAUCAUACAUGUCUGCAACUUCAUAGCAGCGGCACAGAGUACUGUCAUAAACAUCACCAUGGUAGCCAUGGUCAACACCACAGACCAUCAGUUCCAGUUUAAUGGCUCCACUGAGCAGCUGCCUGGUGGCCCAAAUAAUGCCCCAGACAGUCUUCCUGCAGAGGCUCCUACGUAUGACUGGAGUCCUCAAAUCCAGGGCAUCAUCUUUGCUUCUGCUGCCUAUGGCAUGACUCUGACAAUGGCUCUUAGUGGAUACCUGGCUGGAAGAGUAGGAACAAAGCGAGUGGUUGGUGUUUCUUUGUUUGCAUCCUCACUCCUCAUUAUCUUCAGUCCUCUGGCAGCUGAGCUUGGACUAAUUUCCCUCAUAGCAACUCGAAUGGUCCAGGGGCUAGUCCAGGGGUCAAUAUUUGGGGGUCAGAAUGCGCUUUGGGAGAGAUGGGGUCCUCCACAUGAACGAAGCCGACUCUGCACCAUUGCUUUAUCAGGAAUGCUGCUGGGAACCUUCACCAUCACCCUCGUGGGUGGCCUCAUCAGUCAAACCCUUGGGUGGCCUUUUGCUUUCUAUAUCUUUGGAGGCAUCGGCUGUGUCUACUGCCCUUUCUGGUUUAUUCUGAUUUAUGAUGACCCCGUCUCUCAUCCAUGGAUAAACGUCACAGAAAAAGAAUAUAUCAUAUCCUCCUUGGCCCAACAGAUACAUGUCAGCUCUCAAAAGCAGCCUCUUCCCAUCAAGGCCAUGCUCAAGUCUCUACCCCUUUGGUCCAUCUGUGUCUGCUCUUUCGGCCAUCAGUGGCUAGUUGCCAUACUGAUUACAUACACACCAACUUAUAUCAGCUCUGUGUUCAGUGUUAACAUCAGAGAUAAUGGGCUCCUGUCUGCCCUUCCUUUUAUCAUUGCCUGGGUCAUUGGUAUCCUGGGAGGCUACCUGGCAGAUUUCCUCCUGACCAAGAAUGUUAGGCUCGUUACUGUGAGGAAAAUUGCCACAUUUCUAGGAAAUUUCCCAUCUUCGGCGCUGCUUGUGGCUCUGCCUUACCUUCCCCCUAGCUACAUCACGACAAUGACCUUCCUAACACUCUCCUGUGGACUAAGCCCCUUAUGUCAGUCAGGGAUCUAUAUCAAUGCCUUAGAUCUUGCUCCAAGAUAUUCCAGUUUUCUCAUGGGAACCACAAGGGGAUUAGCAAACAUAGCAGCUCUCCUGGCACCCACUGUCAGUGGGUUUCUCCUCAAUCAGGACUCUGAAUUUGGGUGGCGAAAUGUCUUCUUGUUGUUGUUUGCCAUUAACCUCUCAGGACUGAUCUUCUACCUUAUAUGUGGAGAUGCAGUUGUCCAAGACUGGGCAAAAGGGAGGAAACUUACUCGUUUAUGAAGUUACUCCAUCUUGAUAUGAUGGAAAGUCACCGGACAUCUUUCUUCACAAAUGAGAAGCCUAUGGUGAUGAACACACCCAAAGAAUUUCAUUUGCUGCAGUUCUUUUCAAAUCUGAGAUCAGUUCUUUAUGUUACUAAGAUUUAUUUUUGAGGAAAAUAUAAGACAAAUGAAAAUUCAAAUAAAGUGAUAGCCAAGAACAAAAUUGUCAUCUUCAUAGAAUCACCAGUGGAAUUGGAGGAAUGGCUAUAUCAGAGUCAAUAGGCCAGACUCGGGAUCCCUGGGUGGCGCAGCGGUUUGGCGCCUGCCUUUGGCCCAGGGCGCGAUCCUGGAGACCUGGGAUCGAAUCCCAUGUCAGGCUCCCGGUGCAUGGAGC